AUGGGUUUAGCCGUCGAGUCGGGCGUUGAAAAACUUGGCUGGACACCCGCUCCGUCGGUUAUCGAUUCUUUCUUCUCCUAUGAAGAAAACUCGCUUUGGAGGCGGCGCAAGUUAAAGGCGGCAGAGGGCCUUGAUUCGGUGGGCUCAUCCGGAACAAUGGCUGGCGAAGACACAACGGAAAAGGCGAAACAGUCGCUCAUGCAACGAGCCAAGGCAUGGGGAGAAAACCCAUUCCCUCCCACUCUCCUGGCGUCUCUCAUCACCGCGCAGCACAUGCGUCCCUUCCAGUUCCUGCCAAUGCUAUUCCCCCCGGUCCUUCUAUUCACCAGCUAUGCGAAUAUCCAGGGCUUCAAAACAGACAGCGCCGGGAUCAGCGCCGCAUGGUCGGGCCUCUAUCUUCUCCUUGCAGGUCGGCGACGGCAGCCGUUGAUGAAGAAAUGGGGCGCGCGGGGAAUUGUUCGCGGCACGACCAUGGGCCUUUGCCUGCUCAAUAUGGUGGGCGGUGGAUUGGCUUAUACCCUGGGGAAGAGAGAAGACCAUGAUGAGUGA